CGAGCAGCAGGAACAAAAACAAAAUAUAUUCCCAAAGGACGAAGGACAGAAUGCAUAGUAAUUCUAAGUAGGAAAAGCAAAGGACUUGCAGCAGAUAAUAUUAAGCAAAAGGAUACGGAGUUAUCAACCUGAAAAUAUUGGGUAUUUAUCAUUAUAAAGAGGUAAUGAAAGCGAAAAAGUGACAGAGAGAGAGAGAGAGAGGAAGAGAAGUGAAGGGAGUUGUAUUUCCAGGAACGAAGAGGACUCCUCUUAAUUUGAUUAGGAACCCAAUUAAGGAUCAAAAAAUAUAGAGGAUUUAAAAGAAGGAGCUGCAAAAGAGCGAAGAGCAUCCGAAUUGCAGGUGAAUAUCAGUUGAGAAGAGAAGGGGAGCUCCGGAAGAAUCCAGAAGAAUCCGCGAGCAUCCGUAGAAGAACGAGGACAAAAUGUACAAGACCAUCAGGCACGGCGAGAAUAGUCUGCAGUACACGAUUCUGCCGCAGAACGAUGACUUUGGCAAACUUUCGGGCUCCGGGCGUUCAGCUGCGGCCUCUUCCUCCGCCGGCUCUUCCGCGAAUUCUUCAGGAUCCGUGAAGAUCAAGGGCCAGCGCCGCCGUCGCUCCUUCUUCGCCUAUCUGGGCCUCAUUUUCGUGUGCACCGUGAUCAUUGGUGCGGUGCUCAUACCCUUUCUCGUCUCCGCCGAGUGUCUGCCAAAUCCCACGGAAUGGUUCUUGAAAACCAAGGCGGCCCUCAUCCACAGUCCACAGCGAUCGGGUGAAGCUGCUACCAAUCGCAAUCCCAUCUCACCCACUGGCUCCCCGCUGUUGCAGCAGAAUGUGGGCAGAAAUGUGCAGAUUGUGAACCGGAAUGGCAUCGAACAGUUUGUGAUUCGUGUGAAUAAAACCAAUCCAAUCACCAGUAGCACCACCAGUACCAUGGAAACCAGCAGCACCAGCACCACCACAACUACGACGACAACCACACAGGCUCCCAGCACCACGACCACCACAACAAGAGCCACCACCACCACCACAACCACCAGGGAACCACCAGUGGUGACCACUCCGCGGUACUCGCCACCUGGCACCACAAUCACCACCCGAAUCAUACAGGUUCCCCUGCUCAAGUCCGCCGCCAAGAAGCCCAUUAUGCCACCCGUUCUGGCCAAGGCCCAGGGGCCACAGAUCCUCAGCGGAGCAGGGCAGAAUUCCAGGAUGCAGGUGCCAUCAGAGGCGGAGGAGCAGUCGCCGGAACAAUCGGGAUUGGGGAGCCAGAACGACGAGAAGAGCAACAACAACGCCUGGAUAAAGACGCACUGGGCCUACAUCGAUCCCUCCACCUACUUCCAAUGGACCGGCUACAAGGACGAGGAUAGCGUGCUGCUGCCCGCUCUUUUGGGCUUCGCCCUCAUCGGAGUGAUUUUGAUCAUAACGGUUUGCCUGGUGGCACGCAACAAGCGCACAAUCGUGUCCUCCGUCCGCAAGCGGAAUCGCAAUGACAUUGAGGAGCAGGGCGCCGAGGACAACGCCACUCUGCUGACCACCACCAAUAUGUCGGACGACGAUUAAUUAAAUUAAAUUAAUUAAUUAAUCCCCGAUCAACCUUCGAGUCAAGCUUUUCGUUUAUUGGCCUGCUUAAGCGAUGGGAUGUCGCCCACUUCCGUUUUUGAGACACACACGUAUUUAUAUAGAUCUAAGCUAAAAUGCUCUAUGGUACGUAUUAUCGGAUCUCAGCCAAGCUCAUAAGCUAUAAAAAAAACCCCGAAACCCGAAAAACUUUCUCUGUUAUGUUUCUUCUUCCCUUUCUAUUGAAAAAAGCAAGCGGAAAAUGAAACAAAAAAAAAGAAAAGACUGUUUCUGAAACAACAACACGAACACAAGCGAGCUAAACUUUAUAGUUUUCAAAAAAAAAACACAUAUUUCCUGCUUUAAAAACUCGUUUUUCGAAACUCUCUUUCCGUAGCCCUUUCCAAAAUUUUGAGUGUGUGUGUGUGCGUCUGUGUGUGUUUGAGAGUGUGCGUGUGAGAGCUUGAUUCCUCGAUCCAUUAAAAUACGUCUAAAUAUUUAAAAUAAAAUAUUCAUGAGCUCGAUAAUUUGAGCUGGGAAACAGAAUUAUAAUUGGAACCAGAAAAAUUCCAUUAAUCACAAAAAGAAAUUAGUGUACUAACACACACACACGGGUACAGUGCGUUUCAAGGCGGGAAGGCAAAUACAAGAAAAUAUGAAAACUUAAUUAACAUCUAGAAAAUACUUUUAAACUAAAGCGAGCUUUUUUCGAACAUCAUUUUUUUAGCCCAAAGAGCAGUUUGCAUUGCAGUUCGUAAUCCACCUUUUAGCCAACCUGCUGCUCCCGAAACGCACUGUACCAGGGAAUUUAUUUCAAAACAAAAUCGUAAGAUAUAUACAUUAAAUAUAUAUUAAAAAGCAAACCUAAAUUUCGUGUGAACCACCCGAGGAAAUCACACUCAAAUCAAAUGAAAACGUCCAGAAUGAGAAUAUUUUUUUGCGCAAACAGUGCUUCUACUUAUCGAGCGUGGACUGUAUUUGAUUGCCAUCACAAGACAAAAAUGUUGAGGGAUGCAUUUACACGCCUGUCCAAGGAUUUGGACUUCCUGCACAGCUAGCAGCCAUUAAAAAACAC